AUGCUGAGUGCGAAAGCCGAGUACAAAUUCUUGACGGGGCAGGACUUUGGUCCUCCACCCAAGGAAGAAAAGAAAAAGAAACAGGACAGUCCCGCUGAAGCAGACGAGGUUCCUUCCGAAAAGAAUAAGGAAAAGCGUGCAGCCAAAGCAGCAGCCAAGGCUGAAAAGGAGGCGAAAAAGGUUGCACAGCGGGAAGAGCGAGCCCGUCGUGAAGCCGAGAAGACCGCCAAACUCGCCGGCAUUGGGCAGGACAAUUUUGGCGAUGCGCCCUUGAUCCAGUCGCAGAUCAUCACGGACAAAGUGUGGACUCCCAUUCAGAAUUUGAAACCGUCCCUCGCGGGGGAAAGUGUUCUCGUUCGGGGGCACCUGCAAACAGCUCGAGCCGUUGGGAAGGGAGCUUUUGUCCUCGUGCGUUCCAGUCUUUACUCCGUACAAGGAGUCGCCUUUGAAUCGAAAGACGACGAUGGCGCCGUCAGUUCCGCUAUGAUCAAGUACAUGGCUGGACUGCCAGCAGAGUCGGUCGUGGACAUGCGAGGGAUCGUUACGGUCCCCGACCAGCCCGUAGAUUCCGCGACGCAAAAAAUGGUCGAAAUUAAAAUUGAAUCGUUUCAUUGCGUCGCCAAGGCCAAGAAAGCCUUGCCCUUUCAAAUGGAGGACGCCUGUCGACCUGAUUCCGGAAAGGAAACCGACAUUGGUGCCUACAAUGAAGAUGAUCCGGAAGUUGUCGACUCCGAAGACGGUCUCAUCCAUAUCGGUCAAAAGAUGCGUCUCGAUUAUCGUUGGAUCGAUUUGCGGACCCCCGCUAACCAAUCCAUCUUCCGCAUCGAGAGUAUGGUCGGCUGCUUGUUCCGUGAGUUUUUGCUUCAACGCGGGUUUGUAGAAAUUCACACACCUAAGCUCAUUGGAGGAGCCUCCGAAGGUGGCUCCGACGUCUUUACGCUAGACUAUUUCGGACAGUCUGCCUGUUUGGCCAUGAGCCCGCAGCUCCACAAACAGAUGACGGCCGCCUGCUCUGGCUUUGAACGCGUUUUCGAAACCGGUCCUGUAUUUCGGGCCGAAAAUUCGAAUACCCGUCGGCACCUUUGCGAAUUUACCGGACUCGAUCUGGAAAUGGUCAUUCACGAGCAUUAUGAUGAAGUGCUGGCGGUCAUGAGCGAGCUCUUUAUUUACAUAUUCGAUGGCGUUAACGAGCGCUGCAAGCCGGAACUGGAACGUGUUCGGGAGCAGCAUCCGUUUGAGGACUUGCAGUACCUGAGCCCGACGCUCAAACUGACCUUUGCCGAAGGCUGCGCCUUGCUCCGUGAAGCUGGCAUCGAUCAAGACAAUUACGAAGACUUGAGUACCGAAAACGAAAAGAAACUCGGCGACAUUGUCAAGCAAAAGUACGGGACGGACUUUUUCUUCUUGGACAAGUUUCCUUUGGCGGUGCGGCCAUUCUACACCAUGCCCGACCCGAACGACCCCAAACUUUCCAACAGCUACGAUUUUUUUAUUCGUGGUCAAGAGAUUGUGUCCGGUGCCCAGCGUGUUCACGAUCCUGACUUGAUUGAAGAGCGCGCCAAGGCUUUGGGUAUUGAUGUCGAGAGCAUCGCCGACUACGUUGAAUCCUUUCGUCACGGUGCCCUACCGCACGGUGGCGGCGGUAUCGGACUGGAGCGUGUCGUCAUGUUGUUUUUGGGCCUACCCAAUAUUCGCAAGGCGGCCUGGUUUCCCCGUGACCCAAAGCGUAUUUCUCCGUAA